UAACCAUAUACUUUUGGGCAGCAAUUAAUUUGAAGUUUAACACGUGCGCGUGUGGGUGUAUAUCUUUGUGAUUAUUACAUAAUGGCAAAGACAGUGUCAACAGCAGACUGAGCUAACCAAAGGUUGGGAUGACUGGGUGGCUUUCAGUGGCUCAGGUUGUGCAAGAGCCUGAGCCGGAUUUCAAGGACUCGCAAAUGCUAACAGGUGAUGACAAACACACACACUAACACAUAUACACACGCUCCUGCUGACAGGGACAUAAACAAAAUAAUAACAAAACGCAGUCAGCAGCUUGAAGAGCAAAAGAGCUUCGAGGUUAUAAUCUCGAAGAGAAACCGCGCAGGCGCCUACAAAUCAUUUCGAAUUUCGAACUCCACAGGCUGACUUAAAAGCAUGUCCUGGCCGAGUGAGCAGCUCAGUCUAGUGCUGAAUACAUCGAGGCCAGGACACGCGACCCGUGAAAGUGUCAAAUCAACUGACAAGCCCAAGUGCCAAGUGCCGUGUGAAGAGGCCACAAACAACAAACUAACUGAACUGCCUCGACAAACUGUGCGAUUUAAACUAAGACAAAAAAAUACAAACAAGAAGAAAUAAAAGUGCAUCAGUGCCCGGGAAAAACCCUUAAGCAAGCAGCAGGCGAAGUGUAUUAACCAUAAACAAAAAAAUAAACCCAAAAAAAAGAUACGAAAUUUAAACGUCUGUGCAUAUUAAUCAGAACGAGAAACGUGAACAGGAUCAAGUUCUAGACAACUUAUCACAGAGGAUUUACGCAGACAGACAAACGAACACGACACGAAUGCGAGUGUAGAGCAAAAGGCGGCGCUAAUCAACGACCAAAAGCAGACGACAUCAUCCUUCCCGACUCGCCACGCCCACUCAAAUAACUCCCCCCAGUGGAAAAGGAAAUCCAAAAAAAAAAAACAGUUCAGGAGCUGGCGAGCUGAAGAGCAGGAGCCGCCUCAUUUGGCCACUGCGGAUUAUGUUAAUUAGAUUUUAAGCACGCGACGACAACAACGCCGAGGGAGCACUUGGCAUUGUAAUGUGACAACAGUUGGCUAAAAGACAACAAGACCAAAAACAGGGCCAUCAGGAGUAGCAGGAAUGCUCGCUUUUUAAUUGACAUUUGCUCGAGUUGAGUUGCGUUUUGUUCAACAGCAAUUAGCAUCAGAAAAAUAACAGAAAAAGCAAAACAUAGAGCAAAACACAAAGGAGCGCAAUUAAAAUUGUAAAACAAUUGCAGAAAGGGGGGAAAACAAUAACAAACGACGGCGACGACCCGGAAUAGAAUGAUCAAGUUGAUUUAAUUAAAAAUUCAGCAUCAUCUCUGUGUGUGUGUGCAAUGGAAUUUGAGCACGCAGCUUGAGCAAUGGCCGCCAGACCGGAAACGCAGCCAUUGCCAUUGCCCUCCACGGGCAGCAUCCGCCUCUGACUGCCGCCGACACUUGUCACAUGUUUGGCCAAAAAGGCGCGCACGUGACGCCCCCCGGAGAAUCCGGAGUACCCGAUGACCGAACGGAUGAACGAGGAAAUGAAUGAGCCAGCAGCCAUAUUCAAAAUUGAACGUUAAACGUUCGCACGUACCAAGCAUAAAUUCCAAGUGAAAUAAAAGAGCCAGCACCAAGAAAAAAAAAAUAUAUAUAGAAACGUACAACUCCCCUUUUAAACGAGAGAAAAAAAAAAGAGGAAAAGCCCUGAAAAGUCCGCGUGCAAAAUGGUGAAAAUUGUGAACCGACACUGUGAUCUAGGCCUGGCCCUACUCCUGGCCUGGACAUGGCUAACAAGGCUGGUGGUUUCAGCCCAUCUGGUCGAUAUUCCCACCUCAUCUCGCCAGGCUGCCGAACGGGAGGAGCAGCAGUUAUCCCUGCAGAAUGGCGGUGGUCUCAGCUACCCGAGCAUUCAUCGAAUGCUGAGGGACGAAAACGAACCGGCCAGCUUUCGAGGGGAAUUACGAUACCAACAGAAACGUCACAAAAGAGAGUUGGAGCUGAAUGCUCCAGCCAACAAGCUUAAUCUCACCCACCGCGACUUGAGGAACUUUAAUAGCAGUGGUGGUCAGUGGAAGGGUGACUUUCAGGUGAUCACUGGUAUGGAUCUGAGUAGUAAUCAACUGGAAAGUCUCAGUUUGGAUAACUUCAAUCAGCUGAGGCAACUGGAUUUGGGCAACAACUCUUUGGAGGUUAUACCCCUGAGCUUAGCUGAUACCAACAAAUCACUUCCGUUCGUAACACUCGAUCUUUCCUGCAACAAAUUCAGCGAAAUUUCUGCGAACUUCUUUGUCCAGCGAUUGCCUGAACUUAAGAACCUCAACUUGGCUUACAAUCAAUUGCUAAACAUUUCAAGGGAAUCAUUCUACAAUUUGUUGGAACUACAAACAUUAAUACUCAGUCACAACAACAUCACUGAUAUAGACUACGAAACCUUUUUGGCUCUGCCGAAUCUGCAACAUCUGGACUUAUCCCACAACCGCUUGAGUGGCUCUGCAAUACGAGCUUUGCAGGGAAUUCCGGAUUUGGUCAGCCUUUCCAUUGCCUACAAUCCGGAAGUGGGAGUGGCUAUGCAGGAGUUUGUCGCCUCCUGGAGUCUCAAGGAGUUGGAUGCUAGUGGCACUGGAUUGUGCCAGGUGCCAGCAGCUUUAGCCCAAUCUGUGAGGACUCUUAAGUUGUCAGACAAUUGGUUAAAGGCCAUCAACUGCGGCGACAUGGACAGCUAUCCCCUGCUGCAGUACCUUGACUCUCACUCCCGGAUUGCCCAAGUGGAAGACGAUGCCCUGGGACGUUUGGAGCUCCUUGAAUCUCUUUUCUUGGACCACAAUCUUCUAAUGCGAGUGCCAAACAGUCUACCACCAUCACUGGAACACCUAUUUCUACAGCACAACCAGAUAAUGGAACUGCCACCUCAGACUUUCGUUGGCCUGGUCAACCUGCAGACCCUGGACUUGUCCCACAAUCGUUUGAUCUUUCUACCCGCUCUUGCACUGCCCAAAUUGCUUACCCUAAAUCUGCAAUCUUCAGGUGUAGAGAGUGUCAGCCAAUCGAUAGUGCACACAUUGCCCCAGUUGAGGGAUCUUUUACUGGAGGACAAUCCCAUAAAAUGCAGCGAUUUGCUGGGCAUUGCCGAGUGGGCCAGUCCUUGCAGGUCAGUGGAUGUGGGUCAGUCGAGUGGUAGAAGUCCAAGUGGGUGGGUGGACCUCAAGACGGAGUAUCUGCAGUUUCACAAUUUUUACGACAACUUCAGUAGCCGAGAGUGUGGAGCCAGGAAACCGGAAAAUGACACAAAGCCGCCUUCUUGCAGCCGAACAAGUGCCACAGCAACAUUAACAACAACGUCGAGAACUAUGUCAAAAGUUAAAAAGUCAAAAGGAGCAGACACGACAGCAGCAGCAGCAGCAGUGGCAACAUCAGAAAAACCAGCACAUACAACAGACGACACACAGGCAACGUCAGCAGCAACUCAGCCAACUACAGGAGCAACAUCAGCGGAAAAAGCAGCAAUUCCAACAGCAACACCAACUUCACCAACAGCAAUGCAAUCAGCUGGCAACAGCGUUGCCCAGUUAACCACAAAAACUUUGCGGCCAACAGAAACAACUUCGUUAGAGCAACUACAGCAGCGGCAACAAAUGCCUGGCAUGCCGGCCAAAACAACAGCCACGCCAGCAAAGAACCUGCCAAGUUUGGCCCAGACAAAGGCAACAACAGCGGUUCCCAUUUUGGCAGCCCCAGCAGCAGCAACAACACCAGCAGCUGCAGCAACAACAACAACAACAACAGCAGCAACAGCAAUAAAUUCCAACAAGCCAACGAACAUUAGCGGUGCCACAAAAACAGCAACAGAAAUGGUGGCAACACCACCAGCAAUUGAAGUGCCACAAACAAUUUUGGCCGGAAAAAAAUCUGACAAAAUGCCAACCGAUAAGGCACACGAGACUUUAUUAAAAUACCCAACAAGGGACACAUCCGGUCAAGCAGCAGCAUCAGCAGCAGCAGCAGCAACACAGUCACACAAACAUGCAACAUUGCAGCUGCACGUUAAGGAUCGACAUCUAAUUGGCACACCGCUUCUGAUGCACAAGGGCGAUGUCCUUUUGGUGGAUGCCGAGCAGUUGUUGCUCCCUGGAACGGCAACCGUGGCGGAUGCGGAUUCGGAAGUCUUGGACUUGAGCCAACAACAACAUCAGUCGGCGGAGCAGGAAAAGCACCAGUCAGCGGCUGAUAAGCGACAAGCGGAAGCCAUAAAUGGCGACUCAAAGUCGUCGUCGUCGUCGUCGUCGCCACCAAAAAGUCACAAAAAGAAGCCAUCGCUGAGUAUCAAGAAGAUGACCUACAGUACCAAACAUGCAGUAAAAGCCGUUGAGGAACUACAAGCCACCUCCAAAACACCCCAGCACCAACACAGCAGUGUCAACACACCCAAAGAGGCUUCGCCGGAGGAACUCAGUACUUUCGCCCAGCUAAAGGCCUAUGUGGAACUAAAAAGCGAAUCGAAACCAGAACAUUUAAUGGACCAGCGAGAGGAAAACCUUCACAAUCUUACAGGAAAUCAUCCUGGAGUAAUGUUGCUGGUAGCCUGCGUAUUAUUUAUCGUAUUGCUAGCAGGAUUGGCUCAUGUCUAUCGCUGUGAAUUGCCCUGGCAGAGAAGCAAUCGACCUGGACAAAUGCGCCCGCAUCAUCAAAGGCAUCUAAACGACACCGAUGAUGCCCAUAGUUUUCUGCACUAUCAAGGAUCUGUAAAUUCCAAUGGAGGAGAUCCCGCCCGUUUACAAAAGUGGCACCAUAGCACUCGGAGAGAAGCUCCUUAUAGUUCUCCACUUCACAAUUUGCAAGCUCGCGAGUUGCAACAGCAACGUUGCCAGCAAUUCUACAGCUCAUCUCUGGCGGACAAGAGCUCCUCCACUGCCUCCUCGUCUUCCUCAUCGGGAAGCAGCCGCAGUAGCCUGCAUUCUCCCAGUAGAGAUGAUAGCUACUACAUAGAGAUGGCUCCCAGUAAUCCACCAUCCGCCAACCUGCCUAGUUUACCCAUGGAACUGUUGGGCAGCAGGAGUAAUGGCCUAGGAAGCCGAACAGAUCGAGUGGCUGCCACCGAUCUGGGCGGAACGACAGCAGCGGUACCUUCUUCAGCGACAGCCAUCAAGUCUGUUAGCAGCAGACUAAUGGCUCCAAGUUCAAGGAGGUUGGGAAUCUGGUGACAAACCGUCUUUGGCCAGAGACAAUAUGCGCCCUUUCAGUAGAGUAAAAAUGUGUAAGAAUGAAAAGAGUUUAAACGACAAUCGUCAGCUGCCAACUAAAGCUAAGACUAAAGGCAAAUAUUAAUAUUUUCUUUUAAGUUGUUUUGUUUUCUUAAGCAUUUUAGGUUAUUUUCAUAACAGUAGGGAUGAUUACUUAGGAAAUGCCUAAUGGAUUAUUAAAUCCAGAAAACGCAGACACUUAAUAUAUCAAUCAGUACAGGAAUCUUCUAAGAUGGAUAAUUUUCUUCCUAUUUCUAUUUUUAAAACGAUAAUCACAAAGGUCAAAAAGGCUAAAAAUAUAACUUCCAAGAGAAAAUAACAGGGAAUACGACUGCCAAAGUAAAGCAUAAAUGCCAGCAGCUAUAUAUAAUAUUUUGAGUUGGCUACCGGCUUGAUUUAUGACGCCUCAGUGCCCACACGUUGCAAGCCUCUUAGCGAUUCGGUUAGCAGCAACAAUUUGUCAUAAAUUCCUGUUACGUAUACGCCGCAUGUAACCGGGCGGAAAAAGGGGCGAAGAGCGUAGACAUGCGGCCAAGCCAAAUCGCCAAAUACCAAAUAGCCAACGCCAGCAAAGUUUUUACGAGCUAUCCAAAGACGAUGUCCAUCUUGUGGUCGUAUUUGGGUCAGUUUACUGGCCAAGAGACCAAGUCGAAGACCAGGAGCACCGUGUGCGGCCCAGUUAACUUUAUAUAAGUGCCUGUCCGUUUGCCAAGAUUAAGUGUUUUGAUAGUCAUGCAUAUAAAAAUGAAAUAUCGAUCAAGUAUUAAAUAACAAUUUAGUUUAUGACAGCGCCAAUUCAGUAAUCAGAAGUUGAAGGCAGCAGAUGCUGAGGAUGGCGUAUAAAACGAGAGUAAAUUUAAUAUGGUAGUUGACUCGGAGCAGAGGGAUAUAUAAUUUCAUCCAAAUAGGUAAUUAUGUGUGAUAUGGUAUUGGGAGUAGUCAUAGCAGAGUCCAUUCCUAUGUUAUAUAUCAGGGAACUUACUUACCUCUCAAAUAACCAACUUUCAAGCAUUUUUCUACUUAUUUUUGAUUACCCUUUAAGUCCUCCUGGCAUGAUCUUAACCUACUUUACCAGCUGCUUCAGAUUCCCGAGUUUAAAUUGCAAUCUAAUUAAAGUUUCGCCUUCGUCCGACUUGGACUAUCACCACCCACCCUUUUGAGUGUUAGAAGUGUUUGCUAUCUGCUCCGGCAUCUAGCAUUGGCAUCUUCACCCCAUUUGGAAAUGGGUAAGAACGGCACAAAAAAACACCCUCCUUCAGAAUCAACCCGCACUUAACCUCAUUUUACAAAUUGACCAACACAACAUAUGGUGUAAAUCCAGCCAAAUGGCCAGACAUCUAAUCCGCCACGCCGAAAGUGAAAUGUUGUAAAACUAUUUGGGGGCUAUGUGUACAAAAGAUACAUGUAUCUAACGGACAUCAAAAUAAUGUGGCAGCAAAUCAAAUUACAAGACACGCGGCUGGGUUUGGACCGAGGGUGGGCAAAAUGGUUAGAGGAAUGGCCAAGGGGACAUGGAACACAACAAUUACAUUAAGACACGAUAAAAAGUUGUGCAACAAUCUUGCGACUCCAACCACUGAGCUAAAACCAAACUACGUCUGAACAGAACUCUGCAAGGAAGAUGGAACCACCUCCACUUUCUCGCUCCAAAGAACGAACCACAGUCAUUGCACAGCUUUUUCAACUUUUUGUGGCUUUGUAAUUGGAAUACAAGAAGAAGGCGCGUGCACACAAGCGACAGCAACAGGAAACAGUUGGAGAAAGUGAAAUACACACAGAGCUCGAUUCGAGUUAGAAGGCACUCAGAAAAAUAAUUAGGAGUUCUGGACUUAUAAAUAUGGUUAAAAAAUCCUUUGGCAGGGAUUUAGUCAAACAUGUUUUUAUCUGAGACCUAGACUUCCAAAAUGUCAUAUUAGUAGAGAUUUUUAGGUGAUAUUUUUAAAGAUAUUCAAAGAUUUUUUAUGCGAAAAAGCUGGUUAUAGAAAUUAAUCAACCACUUCAAAGUCGCAACAUCUCUAACUAAUUUUCUCCUAGUGCUGAUUGAUAAAACUUAGUUGGAAAGGAGGUCGGUGGGCGUUCAAGCAGAGUCCGCUUAAGCAAUUCAGAAGGAUUUAUUUUCGGCCACAAAAGCGAAAUGCCCGACAAAGCGCUCUGAACAACAAUUAAAGUAAUGCUGACCAACAGCCCGCGCCACAGUGGGUGGGAUUAUUAUAGCAAAGGACGAGAGUGUAAGCUGGCGGGGAGUCCUUUUUGGUCCAGUCGAGUGGCGUCCGAUGAUGCCAGGACGCACAAAAUCUUAAUUAAGGAACUUCCAAGUGGGCAAGUGUCGAACAGCACAGAGAGUCUGUGCGAGUGUGUGGGGGAAUUUUUUGAGAGUUUCGCAGGACGAAACCUUUUUAUUUGUCGUCGGCAGUGCCAGCACAGCACAAAAUUCGCCUACAAAAGAAACCCUACGGAAGAGUGACCCAGACUUAGAUUUAGUCCUGGAGCAUUGUCAAAUUUAAUGAAGGUUUCCUUUCCUUUUCGUUAUUUUUUUUUUUUUUAUUUUGGACUUUUUGCUUAUGACACUGGCCAGCUGGCCAAGAUUUAGGAAGUUUUCCAGCCAGAACGAGCCAAGUGAAAUGAGUUAAUUCGAUAUUUGACACUUUCGGAGCUCGCAUUCCACACAAUCUCGGUAUGUGAUGGUUACCAGAUCGACCUAACCCAGGACGACUCUUGUCUCCCUGCGCAGUUAAUAAAGUUGGUCCGGGCCAGAACGUAAUUAUUUGCCUGCUAAAUGGCUUUUUGGACGACAUUUCGGGGCCGUAAAUGGGGGCGAUUUAGAAAAUUAUGUGAAAAUAAGUUGCCUUUUGUUUUGGCCAUUGGCCGUUGGCAGUUGGCGGUUGUUUUGGGAUCGUAAAUAACGUUCAUAAUUGGUCAGAACUUGCAAAAGUUGUCGGUUGAAAAUAAGGGAAGGGAAGGGCAAAAAAGGCAAACUGAACUCGAAAUAAACAUCUCGACCGACCGUAUGGAUAGCAAACAAUAAUUAAACUUAAUUGCGCUGUACAUUGAAACGUCAAACUGUAAAUUAUAGUUAUUAACAUUUACUUGUAGUGAAGUUUACUUGAACUAACAUUUCAAUUCCGAAUAUUGCAUGUACACUUUCCACAUAGAAUAUGUAUUUAAAAUUUACCAAGAAAACAAAACAAAAAACCAAAGGAUUAAAAAUAGUUAAAAUAGAACAAAAACGACAGAGCCAGAAAGGGAAAAACACAAUUCGAGUAACGUUAAUAUUUGCAUUUAAUUUGUCGAGAAUCAAAGUAAAAUGCGAUAAAAAACCCACAAUAACAACAAAACCUAAUUGCCAAAUAUUUGACGUACAGUUUGUAGCAACGUUAGCCAUUAAAACCUUUAUAUUUACGGUUACAAAUGCAUAUAUAUAAAAUAUAUAUAUAUAGUAACAAAGAAAUGACAAAAAAAAGGAGAUACAUUCUAGCGUAAAGCCGAGCAAAUAAUUAAUAAACAAAUACUUCUAUUUACAAAAACACAGCAAAUAUUUAGUUAAGCCAAAAUGACGCGCAGCAUUUUAAUUAAACAACACAAAAUCGAGAGCUCUCAGAAACAGAUGCGUAUUGCAGAAACCCCAAUAAGUAAAGGCAAACAAUAGUUGCAGCAUAAUUUUCCAUGUGUAUUUGUAAAUAGACAACCUAAAACCAAAAUGUGAAAAUAUAUAGAAAAACACCGGGGCAAAUCCAGCAAACAAACACAGAAUAUUCAAAGAAGGGAAAAUAUCUGGCGGAGGAGGAGAAGUUCCAUAUAUAUAGAUAUAUAUACAUAUAUAUUAAUGUUAGAUUUAGUGCUGCCAAAAUCGUAGCGUAAAGGGUUGAUAAAACAAACUAAAGAAUACAUGUAUGAAGAUUAAAAAUAACACUAAGGUUAAGUGAAAUGUAUUAUUGACUUAGCAAAUAUGGAUAGCAAUUAAAAGUGUAAAAAUAACAUGGCAAACAUUUUAUGAAACCUUCUUGAAAAACCAACACAAUUUUAAUGCAAGCCAAAAACCAAAAACCAAAACUGAAAAAAAUGUGAAAAUAAUAAAAUUGAGAAAUUUAAUUUGAAAGAGUAUAAAAUCACAGCGGCAUCGCUGGCAUUUUCAUUCGGUCGGUUGGAUUAAGUUAACAUAUAUUUUAAUGGCAGGAUGGAACAAAAAGACGGCCAUUGUUGUGCAACGAAAGAGAAUAUCAAUUAAGUGAAAGGAAAGACAACGAAAAUCUGAGUGAAAUCGAAGAAGGAUGAAGGCGAGUCAAUAAUAUUUCAUUUUCACGGAUAUUUUACGGACUUUAAACGACCCAAUAUGGAAAACAAUCGGAGGCAAACUUUAAUACGACUUUUAUUUUCGCUUAUUAUUUCAAUAAUGAAAUAAAAUCCGACGGUUACCGCUUCACUUAAUUAAUUAUGUCUUUCAUUCAAUGGAAAUGCAUUCUACUUGAUCAUUAUUAUUUCAUUUCUGAUGAAGAACAAUGAUUGGUGUUUUAAAGUUUUUACUGGAAAAUUGUACAAUUUAAAUCAGUUUAACUCAACACCAGAACUUAUCCUUCAACUAUCUCAAAAUGUGUAUCUGCAAGAUUAAAGAUGUCAACCUAUAUUAAAAAUGAAGUUCAAACCAUGCCAACUGGUCAAUAAAAAUAAUCGUUAAAUUAGUGACACAUGCGCCAGUUAAGCCGGACGUAAAUGUGAAUGAAGCCACGGCUAAAUUAUGCCAAUAUACACACACCCCAGAGAAAACCCUGGGAAUUUCCCACCCAACGGGGGAGUCAGUAGAUGGUCGGGACCCAAACAAAACGGGGAACAUUUUUAUUUCAAAUCCAAUUAUUUCACAUCGAAACUGCAAUCAGAUGAUUGCGUUCAGCAACAGGAAGCGUUCACAUGUACAUGAAUACGUGUGUUGUGUGAGUUUGUUUGUGUUAGUAGGUCCUCGUUUAUACAUAUGUAUUGGUGGACAAACGACGCUGUGAAAAUGGCUGACAAAAUGAAAGUCAAUUGGUUUUUCUUGUUUUUUUUGUUGUUUUUUCCUUCUGUUUUCAUUUUUUUUUUUUUUGUUCCUUUGCCCUCUUGUGGCGUUUUUGUUUCUUUCGAUAUAAAUGUCGUUAGCAUCGGUGGAGAAGCGGGGGAAAAUGGUAGAGAAAAAGAGGAAAAACUGUCGCCACAUUGGGGAACUCGACGCACAUGUCAAGAAAUUGUUAUGCGCCCUUGGACAUUCAUUCGUAUGGGCGGGAAUUAAAUAUUCAAUAUUGCAUCGGGACAAACAGCCGACAUUCAAUAUCGUCAAAAUUCCUUCAUGCGGUCGGAGGUUCGAAAUGCGUGCUCAAUAAAAAGGUUAAUGGUAGAAUAAUAAAAAUAUAACGAAAUUUGUGACAUGCGGCGACAGUUUGAUGAGCAAAUGCCACUUCGAAUCAACCUCUUUUUUUUUUCUUUUGCUUCACAUUUUGAUGGGUGCAAAAGGUGAGAGAGUGGCUAUGAUAAAUUCUACCCAAUCCACUCUUUUUGCUGGUUUGCUGGUUCAUAAGUGCCCCUGUCAGCAGUUAAUGCAGUUGGCAUUUGACUGAUGGCAAAGCCAUCCACACAAAGUCUAGGCCAGAAGGACAUUAUCUCUGAUUAACCCAAAUAAGCACUGAACAGUGCGGCAAAACGCGAGAUGGAAAAGCCCGGAAAAUACUUUCCGACCACACAGAAACAAUUUCUGUUGAGAACAGCUGAGGACUUACAUGAACUUUUAAAAUAAACAAAUUGAUAAUACAUUUUAAUUAUUUAAUUAAAGAUUAAAAAAACUUGUAAAGCUUACUUUUGUUAAUUAUUUUCAAAAAGUCCGUAUAAAAGGAAUAAUAAUAAGGAUAAACAGGAAUCUGGUAUAUUUUCCAUAAUUUUCUCUCACUGCAAGGCCACUUUAAAAUGAUCUCCAUUUUCCCCCCUAAUGAGUAAGAGCAGCUGAAGAGGACGAGAAAAACUCUGAGAUGUGAAGUGCAGGGCAAUGGAAUAAUUGCCCGGGCAACCAUUGAACUGUUAAUUUUUAAGCAAUUUACUGCAGCGGCUGCCCAAACUGGAAUGAACAAUGUUUGACUUUGUUUGUGAGCAAGAGUGUUCCUUACUUUUUUCUUUUUUUUUUUCGGUUUAUGUUUGAAAGUGCACAGCUGAGGGAAAACUUUAUCUAAUUGAUUUUCGGAGCAGUGCAGCCAAAUGGUGCUCCAUUAGCGUCACUCAUGCCGGAAAAAAGAAACGGAAGCCACCAAACUAACGUGUUUUUUUCCUUUCGCUUUUUAUAUAUAAAUAUGCAAAAAAUUCUGCGGGUUCUUGAUGUGCUUUGGGACCUGGGGGGGAACAAAAAAAAGAAACACAUACGCAGAUAGCCAUACACUGAGGGGGUGGCACACUGGCAACUUUAAAUUGCAUUCAUUUUUAAUGCAACGCCGCCAAAAAGCACGGCCACAUUACGUAUACGCAGCGUAGUGCACUCUAGGGACACAUUGCUUAAUUUCAGACACCAGAACCGCCCCAAACAUCAUCCGCCCAAGUGCGUGCAGAGAAGUGGGAGCCAGGAGCAGGGAGUCCUGGGAGUGUCGCAUCCAUGUGUGACACUCCCAGGACAUCCAGCACUACGCCGCACACCCCGUCACACCCACAAAUGUCGAAUGUAAAAAAAAAAAUAAAAACUGCGAGUUCGCAUUAUACAAUAAACCCACAGUUUUUAUACGCUUGCUGUGGGUAUUUUCAACGUUACUGGAUGUCUACAAUCCUAUUAAUUUGACUGUAAAAAAAUUCAGUUUUCAUCUUUACAAAAAUAUUUAUGGACUUCAGCUUUAAAUGGAUUU